AAGAAAGAAACCAGCCGUCAGACUGCAUACUUUUUAGAAGCAAUGUCACCUUUAAUCAGAGCUGUGCCAUAAACAAGAAGGUUUACCCAAUGUUGCGGCUGGUGUGCGUGUACGGUACAUAAGCCAUCUAUCCUGGUACAACAACAGCCCAUGAUUGAGACACAAAGUCAUCUGACCCAGCGGCACCCCAGUGACCCCCAAGCCUCCCAGAGAUAUGCCACCCAUCCCCUUUCACAUUUCAGCACUGCCUCUUCUCCUUCUCUUGAUUCUUCUCUUGUCCAACCCUUGUACCUCCAUCAGGCCAGCAGUUGUCGAACGAGCAUCAGGCCCUCAACAACCCCAUCCCUCCGCUAAUCUCUCGGAAUCUGACAAGCGCACUUGUACGGGCAAUGUAGUGUGUAGACCUGGUAUUCUGCUGCCAGUGUGGUUGCCAGUCAACCCUCCAGAAGGGGAGAGGGCAGGGAGAGCCGUCAUCUACUUCCUCUGUCUCAUGUACAUUUUCCUUGGAGUGUCCAUCAUUGCAGACCGAUUUAUGGCAUCGAUCGAAGUCAUUACCUCUCAGGUGAAAGAGAUAACCAUUACCAAACCCACCGGUGAGACAACAGUGACCACAGUGCGAAUCUGGAAUGAGACCGUUUCCAACCUUACACUCAUGGCUCUGGGCUCAUCUGCUCCUGAAAUCUUGCUUUCUGUCAUUGAGGUGUGCGGGCAUAACUUUGAUGCAGGGGAGCUUGGCCCAGGCACCAUUGUCGGGAGCGCUGCCUUCAAUAUGUUUGUGAUUAUCGGCAUAUGUGUGUGGGUGGUUCCCGAUGGAGAGUCUCGCAAGAUUAAACACCUCCGAGUAUUUUUUAUUACAUCUUUCUGGAGUAUCUUUGCCUACAUUUGGCUCUAUCUCAUACUAGCUGUGAUAUCGCCUGGGAUCGUCGAGGUGUGGGAAGCUAUGGUGACGUUGCUUUACUUUCCGGUGUGUGUGUUACUGGCUUGGAUCGCUGACCGUCGCCUACUCUUCUACAAAUACCUGCACAAACGUUACCGUGCCGACAAAAGACAUGGUAUUGUCGUGGAAAUGGAAGGUGACAUUAUCCCCAAAGGCCACGACAUUAUCAUGGACGGAAAGAACUCGGAUGGCAUUUCGUGCCCAACAAACUCCUCAAGUGUGACAGUUUCCGUACAAACUGCAAGUGAGAUGAACCCGAACCAAGAUGAGGUGGUUCGUAUGCUGAAAGACCUAAGGGAUAGACAUCCGGACAAAGACCUUGACCAGCUUAUCGAAAUGGCCAACUACUCCACUCUGGUUCGUCAGAAGAAGAGUCGGGCAUUUUACCGCAUCCAGUCAACUCGCUUGUUGAUUGGUGCUGGAAACCUAUUAAGGAAACUUGCUGCUGAACAUGUACGCCGCGCAGGGGCGGCAGGUCAAGGGGAUGACAAACGUACGUGUGCUCACAUUUGCUUUGAAAGUGCCCAGUAUCUCUGUAUAGAGAACUGCGGUACUUUAAGUCUCUGGGUGACCCUUGAUGGGGGCACAGCCGAAAACACCUUUUAUGUGGACUACUGUACGGAAAAUGGCUCGGCCAAUGCUGGGGCAGACUAUGAAUUUAGCGGAGGAACUCUGGCAUUUAAGCCAGGAGAGACACGGAAAGAGAUCAAGGUGAAAAUUUUGGACGACGACAUCUUUGAAGAGGAUGAACAUUUCUUUGUCCGUCUACAGAACCUCAGGUUAGAGGAAUGCGGUGAUGAAGGGGUAGGACAGUCACCUAAGGGCAGACUUGUGGAACCGCUGGUUGCCACUGUUACUAUAUUGGACGAUGACCAUGCAGGCAUCUUCACCUUUGGUCAGGGAGUUUUGCGGGUGAGUGAGAGCACAGGCACACUGACGGUGACCGUGUUAAGGAACUCAGGCUCCAGGGGUACCGUUUCUGUACCAUAUCACACAGAGGACGGCAGUGCCAAAGUCGGAGUAGAUUACGAACAGGCCAAGGGCGAGGUGGAAUUUACCAAUGAACAAACCAGCCGCACUUUAAAAGUUCACAUUAGAAAUGUGGAGGAAUAUGAAAAACAAGAAAACUUCUUUAUUGUGCUUGAAGAGCCUAAAUGGCUAAAGCGAGGACUCUCUGGCAACCCCAACCCUGAGGAGGAAGAGGCCAGGAGGAUUUCUGAGAUGGGCAAGCCCAUUCUAGGAGAGCACAGCAGGAUCGAGAUUAUCAUCGAAGAGUCUUGUGAGUUUAAGAAUACUGUGGACAAACUGCUUAAAAAUACAAAUCUGGCAGCUGUGAUUGGGUCUCGUUCAUGGAGGGAACAGUUCAUUGAAGCUGUCACAGUUAAUGCAGGUGAUGGAGAUGAGGGACAAGAUCAGCCAAUGCCGAACUGCUUUGACUAUUUCAUGCACAUAUUGUGCGUUUUUUGGAAGAUUCUCUUUGCUUGUGUCCCGCCAACUGAGUACUGGAAUGGCUGGGCGUGUUUCAUAGUGUCAAUAUCUGUCAUCGGUAUCUUAACAGCCAUUAUUGGAGAUCUUGCAUCUCAUUUUGGCUGCACAGUUGGCCUGAGAGACAGCGUCACCGCAGUGGUAUUUGUAGCCCUAGGGACUUCAGUUCCUGAUACCUUUGCCAGUAAAGUGGCUGCAAUCCAGGACCAGUAUGCAGAUGCAUCAGUAGGAAAUGUAACUGGAAGCAAUGCAGUGAAUGUCUUCUUAGGGAUUGGUGUAGCGUGGUCUGUGGCUGCCAUUUAUUGGGAAGUAAAAGGUCAAGUUUUUCACGUGGACGUCGGCUCACUGGCCUUCUCAGUCACGCUCUUCACCAUUUUCGCCUUCUUCACAAUGGGAGUGUUGAUGAUCCGGCGUAAGCCUUCUGUAGGUGGUGAACUGGGAGGCCCACGGGUCCCCAAAAUCCUGACAUCAUUGAUUCUCUUUGGACUGUGGUUCCUUUACGUUCUCUUCUCGAGUUUAGAAGCCUACUGCCAUAUAAAAGGUUUCUGAGAACAAAGGUACACAGUUUACAGGACAGUAUUUUGGAAAGAACUGAUUAUUAAAUUUUCAGAAGACCCAUCAUCACUCGACGAACUUGGACAUGUUAAUCCGCAUAUCCGCUGCAGUAAGAAUGUAUUGUAUUAGCAAUGAGCAGUCAGUAAAUUAAACAGCAUACAGUGUUCAUUACAAAUACCAAGACGAAAUGGUGAGUGUCCAUCAAAAUGAAUUUUAUGCAGCCUUGAUGCUGUUUGACUCAUAAAACAUGAGACGUUUAGUCUUUUCCUUGCUUAUGGAGGGUUUUGAAUGAAAAAAUGAAAAUGAAAAAAAAAAAAGGUUUAUACCAACCCUAUGCGUUGCAAUUUGCUUGACUUAAUUUUUUUAAGGACAUCUCUAUUUGAUUAUUCUCAUUAAUUACAGUAUAUGGCGGAUUUAACAUGUUGUAGUAUAUUUUAAACACUGACCAGUGCAAUUACAUUACAAUAUUUUUGUCAUUAAGUGCUAACAUGGAGUACAUAAAACGUUUCUCAAAGCAAUAUGGACCUUUGGAGCACAAAUUGAUUCCAAUUU